CUUUUAAAUGAUCAGCUUUUCCAUUUUAUUUCCGAAAUCAUAUAAAUCUCAACCUCCCCAUAUUCUCCUACUACUCUCUGCAUCAAUUAGGAAAAGUCGCUAUGGCAGCAAAACUACGUUCAAAGCGAUAUCAAGAACAAACAUCCCUCAAGCAAUGGCUUAUCGAUAACCAAAUCGGUAAAUAUACGAAAAACUAUCCCACUCGGCGCCGUUUCCACAAUACUGACUUUCUUAGGCAUAUGCCUCGGUAUUCUAGCCCCUCUGCUCAUCGCGCAAUGCAACAGUAUUACACGUCCCCUCACCGCUAAGCUCACGUCGCUCUCGUACCGAGACGAAUUCACGGGGGAGUAUGGCGUCGGGUUCGACGAUAAUUACCUGGUGGCCGUGCUGAUCGUGGUGUUGACGGGUCUGCGGGAUGCUACUAUGCGGUUCGUUCUGGACCCGUUGGCGGCCGCCUGGGGACUGGGGAGGGCUAGAUCCAUGCGGUUCAAGGAACAGGCUUGGAUGGUGGUUUACUAUUCCACUUGCUGGUCUGUUGGCAUGUGCAUCUAUGCGUCUUCGUCGUAUUGGUUGGAUCUUCAGGCUAUGUGGACGAAUUGGCCGAAUCGCGAAAUAUCCGGGCUGAUGAAGAUUUACAUGCUGGCGCAAUUGGCUUUCUGGCUUCAGCAGAUGAUUGUCAUCAACAUUGAAAAGCGUCGCAAGGAUCACUGGCAGAUGCUCUCUCACCACGUUGUCACGAUUGCUUUGGUGUACUGCUCUUACAGAUAUGGCCUCACUCGCGUUGGCAACGUUGUUCUGAUCCUCAUGGACUUUAAUGAUCUAGUUUUCUCGAUCGCGAAGUGCCUGAAGUACAUGAAGCUACAGUCUUUGUGCGACUUUACGUUUGGCGCGUUCGUUGUAAGCUGGGUGCUGUGCCGCCAUACUGCGUUCCCGAUGGUAUGCUGGUCUGUUUACGCGCAUAGUCUGGUCAUCGCUGAACCGAAGUGCUUCAUUGGCUCAGGAAAGAACAUCAUUGGUCCUCAAGAGGUUCCGGCAAAUGGCUAUUUCUAUAUGCUUGAACCAUUGAUCUACACCAAUGGGAGGGUAUGUUACGACUACACUAUCAAGACACUAUUCUUGAGCGGACUUCUGUUCCUCGAGGUACUUAUGCUUGUAUGGUUUGUUAUGAUUGUCAAGUUGGUCAUCCGAGUGCUUCGUGGUGGAAAUGCAGAGGAUACACGCAGCGACAACGAGGAAGAGCAAUACGAGGAUGAUAUGCCGAUCAAAGUCGAGGUCGAUGCCGAGAAACUCCAAUUUCCGAAGCAAUAUGCCUCCGGUGGGAGAGGGACAUCUUCGGUGUUUCAAUCAACGAGAGGAAUGGCUAUUUCAAAGGAUAGAAAAGGCUAUUUGGAUAGAAUUGGGUGCGAACAGAGGAUAUCACGAUAAGCGACAUCUUAAUUGGGAUAGACCAGGUACUGAGAGAAGGAUAUACCCUGGAGCUUGAUGCGGGACAUACCGUGGCGACUAAUGUUUAAUACUAAUGAUGGAAACUCUAAUGAACGACGUACGACGAGUAUGGCUAUAUUGCAGUGAUAUUAUGAUGCUGCCGAUGAUGCCGAAAAGCAGGACAACUGUCGGACCGAAGAUAUGGUUGAAUUAUCAAUUACCGCAUCAUCAUGCCGAAAUGCUAUCAUCGCUAUCCCGCGACUAUCCCCCAAUUGAGGGUAUUCGGAGCAUGUCACUUCCCCGCAAAGCAACUAAACUCUACGGUUUAGGGUAAGGCCCAUCUCGUCAUACGAGUGCAACGCGUCCUGGCUCCAUGUCAAGCUGUAUACUUGCCGCUAUCCGUACUUAAACUAAAACCAUCGUGAGACGAGCGAAUAGCAGCAAAGACUAUUGACGAAAACCAUAAACUUUGAAGACAUUCAGAACGCUUCCAACAACCGGAAAAGGUUUAGCGCUCAGCAAUUCCAAGGUCAACAGUGGCGAAGCGAGCGCUAUAAUCCCUGCUCCCCUGCCCUCGCGUGAUGAUGUUUCUCCCCCCGCACAAUUCACCUCUGCUCUGUUUAGCUUACCUCGACUGCCUAAUUUACUCCGCAUGAUUCCAAAUCAAUUUUCUGGACCUGCACCAUUACGGUAUGUCCAUUCACGGCACUGCUCAAAAAGACAUCCAUGGAAAGCUUGCUGCUGCAGCAAAGAUCCUAUGAAGUGGCACUCAAUAAUAAUGCAGGUACCCAAAUGCGCGCAGAGCUAAUAAUAGAGUUCCUGCUAAGGUCGGUUAAGAAAUCGCACGAAUUGAUUCACCGUUUUGUGGCUGGGAUCGUGAUUAUGUGUUUAUGCAGGGUCGCGGCUCUGUUGAGAAAAGCUGCAUCGCUGCGGCUGCGCCAUGUCGAUGCAGAAAGGAAGAGGAACUUGCAUCUUUGCAGCUUCUUCUUUGAGAGGGGAAAACCGUUGAAUCCUACUGAUAAAUCGUUGAUAAAGGCCUGGGAUCAGGGAUAGGACGGCCGGGCGAAAUUGCCACUGCGUAGCGAGGGCCAAUGGGCUCGCAAAGCGGGAUGUGACAUUCUAGAUAGAGUUGCCGCUGCAUGAAACCCCAAGAAUUCAUUUUUCUGAACGUGAUAUUGGAUGGUUUACAGGAUCGAUCACAAGGGAAUUACCACGCUGGAUCAGACCAUUUGACCUGCGGGAUUUGUGAAGCCAAGAUGUCGGCUGCAGAAGGGCAUUGCUAUUAUUAGCAAAAAAUGUCUUGGUAAAAGGUGAGGAUGCAGAUUUUAAUUGCUUUGUUGGUGAUGACUUGUUGAGAAUUGUAUGGCCC